AUGGAUCAGUUGAAGACCAUGAUGAUGCUCCUGCAAGAUCCUGGAAGGUUGGCAGCAGAUUCACAGCCACAGCCACAGCCACAGCCACACCCACAACCGGAAGAGGAGGCUCGGACACCGGAAGAUGACUUCAUUCUCCCAAAUGAUUACCAAUCGGAUGAUGAAGACAUGUUCUCUGCUCAAGACUUUCCACAAUUGGGUACUCGCCAGAUUGGCAACAAUUACCCGAGAGAGUGCUUCACCGGUCGAUACCAUUCGUUUUGGUUCCUCGAACUACAUACUCCGAAGUUUUGGCUUGGGAACGAUCAUUUGGAUGCGGCAUUCCAUUUGAUGAGGAGGCGACAACACUUUUAUCCAGAGGCCUACCCAAAUAGAUGUGUCAUCAUGCCAUGUAUUUUCCCAGCAGGAGUUAUUGCUCGGUGGGAAGCUGCGGGUGAUGACCAGGCUAACUAUCAGUGGGACGAGAGCAUAUUAGAUUUGAUUCGAGGGGAUGAAAGUCAAUUCUUGGCCAGUUGGAAGAAUAAGGAGAGAAUAUAUAUGGCCCUCUACUUCAAUGGAGCAAAGCAUUGGGUGGCACUAGAGGUAGAUCUGGAUCAUUGGUUGUUGAACAUAUUUGACUCGAGCCUCGGAUCGAUUUCCCUGAACGAAUUGAAGCGUCACCUGGCAAUGUGGGAAAAAUUACUAUCAAAUUUGCUGCUGCAAGCUGGCCUAUUCGAGACUCAUGACAUGAUCCUCGUGCCUCAACUUACCGCCUCAGAGAGCCAGGUCAGAAAUUUCACUUCAAAGGUCAUGGAUCGGGCCGUUGUUCCACAGACAAAGACAAGCGGUAACUGCGGGAUGUACGUGAUAGAGCACAUCGAGCAUAGUAUGCUGGAGACUACGUUUGAUAAUGUGCACGAUGAGAAUAUGAAGAAAUUUAGAGAGCGAUGGUGUGUAGAUUUGUUUUACCAGAAUUUAGCAUGAACAAAUGUGUUUUUUAUUUGGUAUUUAUUAAGAUAACAAUGUAACUGAUUUUUUU